GUAUAUCAUUAAAGAGGUUAACUUUACAUACAUACACACUAGUGACAUAGAGUUUCACAUACUCAAUAUUUCUGGCCAUAUUCAUAGUCUAUCAUGUAUUCAUCCUUUUCAUCUUCCUCCAAUACUAAACCAGAAAAACACGAGGUGUUCAUUAGUUUUAAAAGUGAAGACACCCGCAAGACAUUCACAAGCCAUCUUAAUGGUGCUUUGAAAAGACGAGAUAUCGAAACCUACACAGAGUGCAAAGUUGAGAGAGGAGAAGAAAUGCCCUUAACCCAUGUUAGGGCUAUUCAAGAAUCCAAACUCUCUUUGAUUGUUUUCUCCAAAAACUAUGCAGAUUCUAAGUGUUUGGAUGAACUGGUGAAAAUAGUUGAGUGUGGAAAGACAAAAAGGUAUAUUGUAUUGCCUGUUUUCUAUGACAUUGAUCCUUCUGAUGUGAGGAAUCAGAGAGGAACCUUUGCUGAGGCUUUUGCCAAACAUGAGCGACAUUUUGAGGAGAAGAAGAAGGUACGAGAAUGGAGGAAUGCUUUGGUGGAAGCAGCAAAUUUUUCUGGUUGGGAUUGCACCGACGCCAACAGGACAGAAUUUGAAAUGGUUGAGGAAAUUGCAAACGAUGUGCUUGAAAAGUUGAACCGUGCGAAUGUGAUUGACCUAGAUGUGCAGAUUGCUAAAUUGGAGCAACUGGCACAACUUCAAUAUGAUCUUUAUACAAAGAUUAUCUCUUUGGAAAACUUGCAAAAACACAAUGCUACGGUUCAACGUGUGACUGAACUUAAAAUGGAGAGGAGCAUUCGUUUGCUUCGUCUAACACCGGAUAUGCUCUCGUAUACGCAAAAGUCAAACUCUGAUUAUGACUAUGGCUUUUGAAUUUUAUUUCUUAAAAUGUUAAAUGUAAAAGGAAGGAGAAAGAUGUGGAUUGGAAGAUUGAUUAUGU